UUUCAUUAAUUAUAGUUGGUCCCAUAAUCAAUGUACCUUAUUACAAUUACAAAUAAUUUUGUAAAAGGAAGAGGUUUCAUAUCCCCAUGUAGUUAAAAGGAAGAGGAGAGCCCAGACUUGCAUUUAUUGGUCAAGUGGAAAGAAAGUGACUUUGUAGAGUUACAAAGGGAGAACAUGUGUUGUGUAUCUCUUUACCCUGCUACAAAAGAAGGAUUUGAAGCAUAUCAUGUCCCACAACAAAGCAGAAGAGAUAAGCUUAGAGGUGAUACUAAUUAUUUUUACAACAACAGCAAUUCAUCAUUUCUCCUUAAUCCUUGUGAUAAUAAUUUAACCAUGGAUCCACAAAUUAUAUCUUCCUCUUUUCAAAAAAUUAAUAAUAACCCUUUCCUCUACAACACUAAUCAUAAUCAUGAUAUGAAUGUAACUUAUCAUGACUCGAAUAAUAUAACUCCAGGUCAAGGUUUAUUUUUAUCUUUAUCAUCUAAUAAUCAUCAUCAUACUACUGUUCCGCUGGAGCUGAGAUCAUUAUUUACAACAACAACAACAACAGUUGAUUGUUGUAAUAAUAAUGAGUUUUUGUCAUCCAAGAGUGGUGGUAGUACUAUUAUUGGACCUUUUACUUCAAUUCUCAAGGGAUCAAGAUUCUUAAAACCUGCACAACAGUUGAUGCAAGAUAUUUCUGGGAUUUAUGCUCACAAAUUAUUACAAGAUCAUCAUCAUUCUCUUGGAACUAUGGAUGAAGUAUCGAAUCAUGAGCACAUGAGGAACAAUUCCAAGUUAAUUUCAAUGCUUGAUGAGGUACAUAGAAGGUAUAAGGAAUAUUAUGAACAGCUACAAGGAGUAGUGUCAUCCUUUGAAUCAGUCGCUGGAGUUGGAAAUGCAUCCCCAUUUGCAAACCUAUCUUUAAAAGCAUUGUCUAAACACUUUAGGUGCCUAAUAAAAGCGAUUUGUGACCAAAUGAAGUCUUGUGAUGGUAUUGGGAAAGGCAACUAUAAUAAUUUGGAAAGAGGAGGAUAUGUUUGGAGACCACAAAGAGGGCUACCGGAGCGCGCUGUAACUGUUCUUAGGGCUUGGUUGUUUGAACAUUUCUUGCACCCUUAUCCCACAGAUUCUGACAAAGUAAUGUUGGCAAAACAAACUGGUCUUUCAAGGAAUCAGGUUUCUAAUUGGUUCAUCAAUGCAAGAGUUAGGGUAUGGAAGCCUAUGGUUGAAGAGAUACACAUGCUUGAAACUAACAAAUCUUCUUCACACAUUAACAACAAUGAUCCAGAAAUGAAUUUAUCAUCAUCAGGUGGGGUGUCAUUAACAUUGGGACUUCAUCAUCAAAACAAUAACAAAGCUUUAUCUUUCCCAAGAAAUGCAGCACGGCGUUUUGGUAUCGAUCCAAAUAAUAUUAUUGCAUGAUUUUUUUGGUUGAGUUAUUAUGCAUUUAAUUAAUUUCUAUAUAUGUAUAUUUUGCAACAUCAUUAUAUCUUUAAUCUAUAUAGUUUUGUAUUUAUUCAGA